GGCAGGCGCCGCUCGCUCCCCGCCCGGCCGGGUGGGAGGGUGGGAGGGCCGCGGGGCUGUAAUGGCGGCUGGCGGCGGCUCCGCGCUGCGCUGACACCCGGACCCGCUCGGCGCAGCCCCCCCGCCCGGCCCGCCCCCUCCUCCCCGCCCCAGCCAGCGCCGCUCGCCCCCUCCCCGGCCCCUGCUCCUGGCCCCCGCCGCGGGACGAGGAGGAGGGCUCCCCGCAGACAAUGGACGAGCACCCAGGAGCCGGAGGAGGCGGUGGGAUGGCGGCCGCCCCGAGACCACAGCAGCCGCCGCCGCAGGCGGGUGGGAACAUGAACCUGCAGUCUGGUGGGGGCUGCGUGGGGGCUGGAGCCGGCGGAGGAGGAGGGCCACAGCCCCAGGGCCCCGCGGCCCCGGCCGGUCAGGAGGCGGCGGGCCCCGCCGAGCUGUCCCGGCCCCAGCACUACACCAUCCCGGGGAUCCUGCACUACAUCCAGCACGAGUGGGCUCGCUUCGAGAUGGAGAGAGCGCACUGGGAGGUGGAGCGGGCCGAGCUCCAGGCUCGGAUAGCGUUUUUACAAGGGGAAAGAAAGGGCCAAGAAAAUUUGAAGAAAGAUUUAGUGAGAAGAAUAAAAAUGUUAGAAUAUGCAUUAAAACAAGAAAGGGCAAAAUAUCAUAAAUUAAAAUAUGGCACAGAAUUGAACCAAGGUGACUUGAAAAUGCCAACUUUUGAAUCAGAAGAUACCAAAGAUACAGAGGUUCCUGCAGUACCUCAGAAUAGCCAAUUGACCUGGAAGCAAGGCAGACAGUUACUGCGACAGUAUCUUCAGGAAGUAGGUUAUACAGAUACAAUAUUGGAUGUACGCUCCCAGCGGGUAAGGUCUUUGCUUGGGCUCUCCAAUUCAGAACCAAAUGGUUCAGUAGAGACAAAGAACUUAGAACAGAUCCUGAAUGGGGGUGAAUCUCCUUCGUCGAAACAAAAGGGACAGGAAAUCAAAAGGAAUUCUGGUGAUGUUCUUGAAACAUUCAAUUUCUUAGAAAACGCGGAUGAUAGUGAUGAAGAAGAGGAGAAUGACAUGAUAGAAGAUAUUGCAGAAGGAAAAGAAAAGCAUCGGAUAAAUAAGAAGCACAAAAUUGGUAAUGAAGGUUUAGCUGCUGACCUUACAGAUGACCCUGAUACUGAAGAAGCUUUGAAAGAAUUUGACUUCUUAGUGACAGCUGAAGAUGGUGAGGGAGCUGGAGAAGCUCGAAGUUCAGGAGAUGGAACAGAGUGGGACAAAGAUGACCUGUCCCCAACUGCUGAGGUUUGGGAUGUAGACCAGGGACUAAUAAGUAAACUGAAGGAACAGUACAAGAAGGAACGAAAGGGGAAGAAAGGGGUAAAGAGAGUCAACAGGACAAAACUUCACGACAUGAUAGCUGAUCUGGGCGAUGAUGAGAUACCCCACAUCCCUUCAGGAAUCAUUAAUCAAUCUAGGUCACCCUCUUCUAGAAUGACUGAUCAUGAAGGUGCAAGAGCAGAGGAAGCUGAGCCAAUAACGUUUCCACCUGGAGGAGGCAAGUCAUUUAUUAUGGGUUCUGAUGAUGUGUUGUUAAGUGUACUGGGCCUUGGAGACCUUGCAGACUUGACAGUAACAAAUGAUGCAGACUAUAGUUAUGAUUUGCCAGCUAAUAAAGAUGCCUUCCGAAAGACAUGGAACCCUAAGUAUACGCUACGCAGUCAUUUUGAUGGAGUGCGAGCAUUAGCUUUUCAUCCUGUAGAGCCUGUGCUGGUUACAGCCUCUGAGGACCAUACUCUAAAACUUUGGAAUUUGCAGAAAACGGUUCCUGCCAAAAAGAGUGCCUCUUUAGAUGUAGAACCCAUCUACACAUUUAGGGCCCACAUUGGACCGGUAUUGUCACUGGCAAUUAGUUCCAAUGGAGAACAGUGUUUCAGCGGUGGUAUUGAUGCAACCAUCCAGUGGUGGAACAUGCCUAGCCCUAGUGUGGAUCCAUAUGAUACCUAUGAGCCAAACGUUCUAGCUGGCACAUUAAUUGCUCACACAGAUGCAGUCUGGGGUCUUGCUUACAGUGGUGUAAAGAAUCACUUACUCUCUUGUUCAGCAGAUGGCACUAUUAGGUUAUGGAACCCACCAGAAAAAAAUCCCUGUAUUUGCACUUACAAUGGAGAGAAAGAUCAUGGAAUACCCACAUCAGUUGACUUUAUAGGUUGUGACCCUGCUCAUAUGGUGGCAUCUUUUAACACUGGCAGCACAGUCAUCUAUGAUUUAGAAACAUCCCAGUCAGUGGUAAUGUUUUCAUCACAAGUAGAAUCUGGUGUACAAUCAAAUAAUCAUAUUAACAAAGUAGUAAGUCAUCCCACACUUCCUGUAACUAUUACAGCACAUGAAGAUAGACACAUCAAAUUUUUUGACAACAAAACGGGUAAAAUGAUCCAUUCUAUGGUUGCUCACUUGGAUGCUGUCACGAGUCUAGCUGUAGAUCCUAAUGGAAUCUAUUUAAUGUCUGGAAGCCAUGAUUGUUCCAUUAGGUUGUGGAAUUUGGACAGCAAGACAUGUGUGCAAGAAAUAACAGCUCAUAGGAAAAAGCUGGAUGAAUCAAUUUAUGAUGUAGCAUUUCAUCCAUCAAAAGCAUAUAUUGCCAGUGCAGGAGCUGAUGCCCUUGCCAAAGUAUUUGUGUGACAUAGUAGAACAAACCUGCAUCAUAACAGCAGGUCUGUUUGGACAAAAAAGAGGGAAUGCGUCACUGCCAUCAAGUAUAAGGUUACCAAUAAGACACUACAUCUGAUCUGCCUGAGUGAAGGCUCUUAAGUGGGGCAGAAGUAGAAGUUGGUGAAAAGUCACCACAUCCUGAACAAUGUCAGGCUCAUUCAUUUAACUGUAAUUACUGUAUUUGGGGGGUGGGGUGGGGACAAAUACAAAAAAGAAAACCAGUAUUUGUAGCCUUGACUGGAUAUGAACUGAGCGUAUGUCUGUUCUUUAGGUGUCUUUAAGCAAACGUGGAGUCUGAUCUUACAAAAGACUUUUAUUUUGGACUCUGUGUGCUGCCUUAGGGUUAGGAAUGUGGUGCUCUUGUGGGGGGAAGUGAGCUCCAAGAGUAGCUUUCUUUUCAUCUCUUAGUAAUCUUCUGUUUAUCAGUUGAAUGCCACAGAUUCCCCUUUUAAACUUUUAUUUUGCUUUAAAGAAAAGGAAAUUUAACUUAAAAUAUUUUAGCAUUAGUUGCACAAAAUGUUUGGAUAAAAUUCUAGUUUUUAUAAGUCUUUUUAUAUAUUUAGCCUGUCACAACAGUGCUCAAGAUUGUAUUGAUAAUGUUUUUCUGCAUUAUAGAACCCUAAAACACAGAGAUCUCACUGACCCGCUGCCGUGUAACCACAAUCUUCCCUUCUUUUGCCUAAUACAGCUCAGCUAAGUCCUUGCUUAAGGAUGCUAAUUCAUCAUCAUCACAUAACUGUCUUCAUAAAUAAAGGACUGUAAAAUGUGUUCAAAUGAAACACAGAGGGGUUAACACCCCUGAAUGAACUCUUAAAAAAAAAUUGAUCUUGGCAUCCUAUCACUAUGUGAUAUUUUGUACAUCUUACUGUAUUUACGAGUUUAUUUAUCAAGGAUUACCCAUCUUGCUAAUGGCCUAUUGUUAUUUAUUUCACUUUUUGUUGGUCUUUAUAUCCUUUUAUGUAGUGUGUUAAAGGGCCCUGUAUAUCUGUUAUGGCACUCUUUGAACAGUCUAAAAUAGAUGAAAAAAUGGGACAUUUGAUAAUUCUAAAGUUGCAAACCAAGAAAUUCUUCUUCCUCUGGUUAAGUACCUGGAGUGGAGUUGAUUCCAAAAAACCAAUCUUGUUUCAGAACCCUUGGAGUGAAAAUUAUUUUUAUUUGCAUUUCAAAUAGAAUACAAAAGUAGUUAAUUAAAGAUUCAUAAAUCUGCUGUGUUUUGACUAGUUACUCCCUGCUUUUAUUUUAUUUUUCAGAUGUGCUUCAGUUUAUGGUGUAACUAAAAAUUUUGUUUGUGUAAUGCAUGAUUAAUACAAAAAAGUAUUUUUUCUAGUCUUCCACAAAACUUUUCUGAUCAGUUUGCGAGUUUUGAUGAGUUUUGUAAGGUUUCUGUUUUACAAACUAUGAAUCAGCAAAUUUUUAAGAUUGUACCGCAUAGCAAAAGUACAGCUGUUGAAAAAUAAUGUAUAUAAAAUGCAUAUAAUAAAUAUUAAAUGGUGUACCUGUA